AGCUGUGCUGCGGGAGGAGCGGGCAGCGUGUUUCCGGUAAGAGCGACACAACAGUACCACUAGAAACGUUCUGGAGUCGUCUAUCGAGCGGCGCGGAACACACGCGGCAAUGGAAGCCGAGUUUCGGGAAAUCGAUGAGCUCGGGAACUGGAACGCCGUUUACCAGGAGAUUAGGCAGCAGUCCAGUGACCUACCAUGCAAGAUCGCCAAACUUCCAGAAAACAGGAGUCUUAAUCGCUACAGAGACGUCAGUCCGUUUGACCACAGCCGUAUUCGUCUGCAGAUCGGCAGUAAUGACUACAUCAAUGCCAGUCUGAUCUCAGUGGAUGAAGCUCAGAGAAACUACAUUCUAACUCAGGGUCCAUUACCAAACACCUGCGGUCAUUUCUGGGAGAUGGUGUGGGAGCAGUGCUGCCGAGGGGUCGUGAUGCUGAAUCGUGUUAUAGAGAAAGGCUCGAUAAAGUGUGCUCAGUAUUGGCCUCAGCGAGAGGAGAGGGAGGGUGUUUUUGAAGACACAAAUUUCAGACUUACUCUGAUCUCAGAGGAUGUGAAAUCGUACUAUACAGUACGACAGCUGGAGCUGGAAAAUCUGUCGACACAGGAAACCCGGGAGAUUCUUCAAUUCCACUACACCACAUGGCCAGAUUUUGGUGUGCCAGAGUCGCCUGCAUCUUUUCUCAACUUCCUGUUCAAAGUGCGUGAGUCGGGCUGUCUGAGUCCAGAGCACGGCCCUGUUGUGGUCCACUGCAGCGCUGGUAUUGGCCGCUCUGGAACGUUCUGCCUUGUAGACACCUGCCUUCUACUGAUGUCUCAGAGGAAAGAUCCAUCAUCAGUACGCAUACAGGAGGUUUUGCUGGAAAUGCGACGAUACCGCAUGGGUCUGAUCCAGACAGCUGACCAGCUGCGUUUCUCUUACCUCGCCGUCAUAGAGGGUGCCAAGUACAUAAUGGGAGACACGUCUGUACAGGAGUCAUGGAAGGAGUUAUCAAAUGAGGAGGAUCUCCCCCCUGAAUUCACUCCUCCUCCCAGACCACGGCCCCGAAUAGACCCCACAAAUGGCAAAGGCGACCUGGUGAACCCUGACACCACACACUUCUUCAGUGAGAUAAUAAAAAACAGUGCAGAAAUCUGUGCAAACAGUGCGCCCCAGACAUUCACAGACGGGCCAGAGCUUCGCAAACGGGCAGUCGCAGCCGGUGAGGUCAGAGCAAAGGAGUUGUUAAGUGAACCUGAUGACCCAAUUGUAGCAAGAGAAGCCCCUCCCAAACCUGCACGGUCUCCGCCCAAGACUCCCACGGAAGAAGCGACUCCUGUUGCGGCCAAUGGAGCGUGGAGCCCCCUGCUGACCAGUGUGUUUAUGUGCACGGUACUGGCUGUAGGUGCUUAUGCCUGUUACCGCACCUAUUUCCACUGAUGCCCUCUUUUUCUCAUCCGUCUCUUUCUCUAUCCCUCCAUGUGCUGGCUAUUGGUGGGAAAAGAAAAAGAGAG